AGGACGGUGAUUAGCUGGCAAAUCUCAAAGGCCAUUUACACAAUCCAGAUAUAAAGCCAGAUACAGUGGGCACAGAGAGUAAAUGUUUCUGCGCGUUGCUUUUUCUGUUCUGUUCGGAUCCAAAUGAAGUCUUCAGCCCCUUGGCUUGAACAUCAGGAAAUGAUUAUAUUAUGACAAGCAUCAAAUGACAAGCAUCCUGAAUGCGUAAUAUCAGAGAGAGAUGAUUUUGGAAUAGGAAGACCACAAGCGCUUGUACGAACAAGCAGUCUGCUUAUUGCUGAUCUUCUGUUUUUUCCUACUAUUACGAUGGAGAAUUCAACUAAAAUACUGUUUGUUCUACAAGGACUGAAUGAGUUUAAGUCAAGCAAGCAGGCUUACUUUGUUGUUAUGCAUAUUAUUUAUCUUUUUACAAUUUUAGUAAACCUGACUUUGAUUGUGACAAUUAUUUUGGAGAAAACGCUCCAUGAGCCCAUGCUUAUAUUUCUCUGUAACUUGUGUGUAAAUGGGCUAUGGGGUGCCUCUGCAUUUUAUCCUAAAAUAUUGGUGGACCUUUCAUCUGACUUGAGUGUCACUUCGUAUGAAGCUUGUCUGGGCCAAAUGUUUGUAUUGUACAGCUACAUUCCCUGUGAAUUUAAUACAUUAACAGUGAUGGCUUAUGACAGGUAUGUCGCCAUAUGCAAGCCACUCAAUUACCACUCCAUCAUCACACCUCAAAAGGUUGUGAAAUUACUGCUUUUUACCUGGCUUUUAUCCAUCUGUAUAUCAGCUUUUGCGGUGGUCCUGAUAGCCAGAUUACCUCUCUGUGGAUUCAAGAUUGAAAAGAUAUAUUGCGCCAUUUGGGCAGUGGCGAAGCUGUCAUGUGUGGAUACCACAAUCAACAACGUAUACGGGUUCAUUCUCAUGACUUUUCACUUUUUACAGGUAUUGCUGAUCAUGAUUUCCUAUGUUAAUAUCAUAAAAGUCUCUGUGCGUUCACCGGAAGAUCGGAGUAAGUUCAUGCAGACCUGUUUGCCCCAUUUAAUCGCACUGACCAGCUUCUCAUUUUUUUUCCUUUUUGACCUCCUGUACGCUCGCUAUGGUCCCACCGACCGUCUGCUUGCUCUCCGCAAUUUCAUGUCCCUGGAGCACUUCAUUGUUCCACCGCUCCUAAAUCCCCUAAUCUAUGGCCUGAAACUGAACCAGAUCCGCCAGAGAAUCUUUAGAAUGAGAAGUCAGAAAACACGCGCUCUAAAGUGAAUGUUUGUACUUUGUUCAGGUAGGACAAUCGAUAUCUCCCCUCCAACAAUAUGAUGACAACAAUACAAUAAUUAUCUGAACAGCAGAACUAAAGGAUUCUAAGAUGCAGCACAGUUUCAGACAUUCCCGGAAGUAAUAGAAGCCUGUGUUGCUCUAGUGGUCUUGUUUGGUUUACAUUACAAAUGCAAAUGUCUGUGACUGAGUGAUGAAGUUACACUAUUGGUCGGCCAAGUUAUGAAGUUACACCAGAUCGGCCAGAUCACGUGUGUUAGGUCCAGCCGUAUACUAGGUUUUAACCUGGUCUUGUUUAGUUUCACACAAAACUUUGUGCGGUAUGGGCUGUUUCCUUGUGUAUGAAAACAUGGCACGUAUAAUAUAUUCAGAGCGGGAAAACCCAGACCGAUGCAAACUGGAAUGAGUCAUUUUUUUACACUGUGUUGAGACUGCUAUUCAUAUUCAAGAGGAUAAAAAGUGUAAAUUACAUUUUAAGUUGCAGUGAUAACAAUAAAAUCCAUAAUGUUCCUGAGUUUUUCCAAAAUUAGUCAGUCUCUUAGAUAUUUACAAAAAUAUCACCACCUAUACAAAUGACAACAAUG